AUGCCCUCAGCACUGAUGCAAACACAUGAUAGGGAGCCACCCUGCUUUCAAAGAGAAAGCAACCAUCUUCUGAUCACAACAGACCCCAAGCCUCGUCUCCGAUGGACUCUCGAGCUUCAUGAACGAUUUGUCGAUGCUGUCACCCUGCUUGGAGGACCAGACAAGGCCACACCUAAGGCCAUUAUGAGAAUUAUGGGAGUUAAGGGUCUGACCCUUUAUCACUUGAAGAGCCACCUUCAGAAAUUUAGGCUUGGAAAGCAACCACAGAACUAUCUUAAUGAACAGGCAAUUAGAGAUGCAACUGGUCAUCUAAAAAACCUACAGGAUGCUGCUACAGCCAGAAUCUUCGGUGAUGGCUUGAACAAGAACAUCCACCGAAACGAAGUGCUUGGAACGCAAAUACAAGCACAGAGGACUUUAGAUGAGCAAUUAAAGGUAAAGCACCACCUUCAAAAGAGAAUUGAUGCACAGAGAAAGUAUAUGCAAACAAUUCUAGAAAACGCGUACAGAACAGUCUCUGCAGAAAAUAGGCUUUUUGAUGAUCAACGAGUUGUAUCAGAAAUGGGCAACAUGAAAGAAAUAGUUUCUGCUUCAAACUUUCCACCUAUACAGGACUUGCAAACUUAUGGGGAUCAUUCUCAUGAUGGAUUUCUGCCAACUGAUGAUAGCAUGAGUAGCUGCACAAUCCCCAUGAUUUCAUAUGAUAAUAUGCAGCUACAACAUAUAACAUUAGCACCAUGUCUAGCAUCAGAAGAGGAGCUACAUCAAAUGUCUUACAAUUGAUGGCUGCACGCUCAAAGCUUCAUGGGAUUAAUUAUAUUCGUUUCUUCACAGAUACUAUUCAGCAAAAGCGAGAUCAUGCUCCCAAUUUGCUCUUCAUUCAUUCCAACUCUAGUAAUAUCAUAGUUAGAACAUUCUAGGAACGUUUUUUCACAAAGAACCAGUAGCUGCAUAUGAUAAAAGAGAUCCUUUGUGCACUUCUUACAAGAACAGUGUUUUUCCUUUAGCAGAUAUCACAUCCCACUACCAGAAAGGGGAUAAAAUAACAAUGAUCUGAUCCUGCAAAUAAUGCAUGAAUGGACUAUGGAUCAGAAAGCACACUGGAUUGUUAAUUAUAGGAUCAUCUGUGACUAGAUAUCAAAGGCAUGUUAUAAUGGUAUUUAGAGUUACUUA